AUGGCACAAUGCAAGCAAAGUCCUCAGGAGUUUAUCAAAAGUGCAUUUACUCCACAAAUAGCAGUGAUGUGCACCCCAUUGGCAGAGAAAUGUUGCCAGAAAAAUAAUCUCAAUUUUAUUGAAUUGCUGCAGCCCUUCUGCAGGCUAAAUAAUGACGUUACCUAUAAAGACCGUGGUUUAACUAAUACGAUUAGGAAUCUGAAAUUAACGUUUUUGGAUAUAUCCUGGAGGCCUCCCGAAACUGCUGUUGCGAGGAAGCUCUUAAAUUAUUCAGUAACCAAUGCACCUGAAAGCAAACCUAAAUUAUUUACCAUUGGAAAUCAUCAAUUAGACAUACCAACUAAUACACCCUGGUUUGAAAGUUGGAGAGAAACAUUUUUGAAGGUCCAGUAUCCCUCAGACCACGAAUUCACCAAGCACUUUUUGGCUUGUAUAAUGGUCGUAAGCUCUUCUGAUAUUAAUCCAGAAGGGACUUUUGAGAAAUUGUCUCAAAGCCUGAAUUACGUUCAAAACCGAGAACCAGGGAAACUUCCUAAAUGGUUUAACUCCAACAUUUUGAGAUAUUACGUUGUUUUACACGAUAACGUAGAUGGCGAUAUCAACGUAGCCACGAAAAUUUUCGAAACAAUAAAAGUUUCAUAUGGGUUUUCGUACUGUUUCCUCUUGAAACUAAAUUCAAGAUCACCUAAUUCUGGAACCAGCGAGCAUUUACCCGACCCGUGGAGCCAAUUCAUCAACACACCCAUCGACUUGAAAGAGUACAAGGGAAGUCCGGACAAUAGUAUUAUGAAAACAUCAUUGGAAAUCGGACAAGAGGCCGAAGAAUUCAAGACCACUGUAAACUAUCACCCCCUCAGUCCUGUCAAUGAAGAUGUGACAAUGAGCGGGCAUAUUAGCGAUGACGAGAAGCCCCAAAAAGCCGCAGCAAAACAGAAAAUCCACGGCAGUUGCCUCUCUACUGACGAUGUCGAGCAAGUGAAGUUGUUUAUAUACGAAUUCACUAAAAGCUGCUUAAUGCCGUACAUAGAAAAGCAAAUUCAUUCGCUAAGUGAUAUAGUAUUAAACAAAAAAGGAGUCAGCAAAUCCUUGUUCAGUGCUACCAAAAGAUGGUUCAGCCCGAAUAAACCUGGUGCUAGUUCCAUAGCAGUCAAUAAUUUAAUUUAUUCACCGGAUUCUCCAGAAUUGCAAAUAAGAAGAUUGGGCGAUUUAUACUUCAUGUUUGGCCAGUAUUCCUCGGCUUUCAAAGCAUAUCAUUCGGCGAAAAGAGAAUACGAUACUGACCAAGCAUGGCUGUAUUACGCAGGUGCUCUGGAAAUGGCAUCACUAGCAGCCUUUAUGGCCAACGAAUCGACCAGGAAAACCUGCGAGUACAUGGAAGACAGCAUUAUAACGUACCAAACAAACUGCAAGAUGCCACAAUUCGCAACCAGAGCAACAAUCCUGAGCUCCGAAUGCUUGAAGCACCAAAAUAUGUUCGGAGAGGCCGCGCAUCAACUAAUAAGAAUGACAAGCGAGGAAUCGGACUUGCGGUCGGCCCUUCUGCUGGAGCAGGCUUCUUAUUGUUUCCUGAAAUCGAAAAUGGUGCGUAAAUACGCCUUUCACAUGGUGCUGGCCGGCCACCGGUACUCCAAAGCAGCGCAGCGGAAGUACUCGUUGAAAUGCUACAAACAGGCGUACCAGGUGUACGAGAACACCGGCUGGGACCUGGCUAGCGAUCACAUCCAUUACACCAUCGGACGACAGGCCCACAAUUUGCAACAAUUCAACGAAGCCGUCGAUUCUUUCGCUAAAUUGUUACUUGGAGAGAGUAAGCAGACUGCUCAACAGCAAGCGACGUUCUUGAAGGAAUAUUUGACUAUUCUAGGAAAUAAACUUAAAUCCGAAGGCGACUCGGAGCAAAUAACUAGUCCCGUUUUGCCUGUUCCGGAAUUGGAAAUGAAUUCGAUCAAGUUAUUACUCGGCCCUACUCGCCCUCUAUCGACGCCCGGCAAAAUUCCGGCUUUAGGGAUAAACUUCGGCAACGCGGAGGAUGUACAAGCCGAACAAAAGUGGAUAAAAUUAGAAGAGAUGCUGGUGCACGAGGCGGAGGGUUCGCCUCCUUUGCUUUUCAAACCGAUGACAACUUUGUACACGGUUAACAAACUGGGAAAGAAUAAACCAGUAGCUAUUGUUAACGAACCGAUCCAGGUGUCGCUGAAAUUAAUCAAUUCGUUGCAAACGGUGCUAAAUUUGAUGAAUAUCCAUCUGUUAUGGACGUUUUCAAACGACAAUGAAACUGUUUCCAAUGAAAUAACUGAUAAAAUCGAUUACGUUAAGACGUACGUGACGAAAUCGUUGUUAAUCGAAGGCAAUUCGAACCAAGAAGUGAUACUAUCUCUCGCGCCAUUGCAAGUAGGAACUAUAACAAUAACUGGUUUCUGUUACACUCUGACAAGUUCCAACGGCACGACCGGGGCGAGUUCGAUAAAAGGAAAACAAAUCAUCGUUGUGCCUGAAAGCACUUCGAAAAAUAAUCGAUCCAACACCACCAAGCCUUUAGAAAUUAACGUAGUUCCCGCCGCGCCAUGCCUUCAGGUAACUUUUUCGGAAAUGCACACGGACUUCUUAGUUAACGAGCUGCAGAAGGUGCUGGUGACGUUCCAGAACACCGGUUCAGUGCCUCUUCAAAACGUUUACAUGGCUACAUCAGUUCCGCACCUGUUUUGCAACUGCGAAUUCAAGCAAGAAACGAACGAGACGGUCAAUAUGAACGAUUUAAGUAUGCCCAACGUUAGGGAUAAGGUUCUUAGGAAAAACCAUUUGACAAGCGUACCGUUGAAUGGAAAGGUGUUAGAGCCCGGGCAAACUGUUCCGAUUCACAUUUGGGUAAAAGCUCCUAAUUCUAAGGGACCAGCUUCGAUUGAUUUGCUGAUUUAUUACGAAAAUGUUGUUAAAACCGCUAUACCCAGAUAUAGGCUGGUAAGGCACAAUUGGAAUUUGAUGGUACAAGAGUCGAUUAUCGUCGAUGUAUCGACUCAAGCGAGCCACAACUCAAAAACAGUAGAGGAACUAGCACUAGCAAUGAAAAUAACCAAUUUGAACAAAGUCCACAACUCCGUACUAACUCAAAUAACCCUAUUAAACAUAGGAUUACUGAGCAAAUACUGGACACUAACGAAGGAUAUAGCCACUCCGAAAUACAUAAACCUGCAUUCCCAAGAAUCCGCACAUAUCUUGCUGAAAGCUAAAAGAUUGGUAAAAAAUACCAGCGAAUACUCCACCGUACCGUUAAACGCAGAUAGGAAAUCGAUACAGAACAUGUCCAAGCAGUUUUUGGCAUUCGCUAAGAAGUCCGAGAAGCCUUUGCUCACGAUGUUCGACGAUUUCGAUUCGCUGCAUUUCAAAGAGAACAAGGACGGAAUCCUCUUGCUGCAAUGGCAAGCGCUGGUAAUCGAGGAUAGCAAAAAGCGCAUCGUUUGCGGCCAAACCAAUAUCCCCAUUGAAAUCAACCGCAAAGACGAGAACGUCAUUCAAAUGGAGCGGAUACUUUCUGAUACAUUCAUCGACAUAAACGACAAAACUAUUACAGAAGAGGAAACCGCUCAAUCCGCGCAAAAACAGAUUUCCUACAAUUUAAUACAUCCCCCUGUAAUCGUGCAUGAUUUUAGGGAGAAGAAAGUUUGUAUCGUGCCUGUGAAGAUUCUCCUCCACAGCAUCGUGGAUAGCAAGGUUCUUAUGGUGACUGUAAAUACGACGGACCCUAGUGUAAAACUGCCUACGAUAAGCAAAUCAAAUCAAACCUGUGCGUACGCUUCCAGUAAGUUCUGUUGGUUAAGCAAUAGUAAGAUAAUUAAACAGAUACAUCCUCUAACAACCGAAAGUGUUGAACUUUCUGCGGCUUUGUCGGGUCCAGGAACGUUCGAUUUAGGUGCUCACAUACAAAUUUUGUGCAAAUCUGUCGAUUCGGAUCCGCUCGUACUUCAAUCUUGUCAGAUUCAUCCUACCCUCAUCGUUAAAAAUAAAGAUAGUUAA